AUGGCGGUCUUUGGCGCUCGUGGUUUGGCGCUGUUCGGCUUGGUCCAGGGCGCCAUGCGCAUGCCGGAGGAGUUCAAUGUAGAAACGGACUUCGAUGUCAAAAACAAGUACCAGAAGGCGCAGAAGUACAUCCGCUGCGAUCUUUGCACAAUGGCUGUGGGCAACACCUUCGACUCGGUAGGGACCAGCUUUACAGAGGACGACGUGUACGACCACAUCGAGAAGAUUUGCAAUAUUGACGACCUCUAUGCCAAGCAUGAGCUGAUAGAGGUGGGCAAAACCUGGAAGAUGGUGGAGGUCUCGGACACCACGAACCGGACGGCGCACGCAGUGAGAUGGCAGUCCCAUGCCAUGAAGGAGCUUUGUGACAACAUCAUCAGACCUUAUGAUGAUGAGAUCAAGGACCUCUUUCUGAAGCGCCUCAAGAAGGGACGCAAGGAGGGCAUGCGUGCGGAGGUGGUGGGCGCUGCGGGGUCGCCCAGCCGAGGAUUUGAGUGGUAG